GACAGGCAGUGUUUUCACACAGCUAGUCGACAGUUGCGUUUGCCGUGCAUUUUGCAGAACGGUAUGGAGGAGAAUGGGAAGCCACCGUACUGACUCUUCACAGUGAAAGCUCCGCACGGAUUCUGCGGUUUUAGGUGGUGCACGCACACUGCCACUCUGCUGCCUCUCAGAAACCGUCAUGCCUUAUGGAAUAUUCAUUCAGCACCAGUGACAUUCCAUUGGGAUCCAUGUUUACAACAACAGUUAAUUUUGCCAACACUUAGCCUCAUAGCAUAGCUUUCUUUUUAAAUCGCUCCUGUUCCCAGUGCAAAGCGUAAGCCCCCCAUACAGCUGCAGCUUGAGUCCCGAUUAUCAACUUCUCUCCCUUUACAAGAGGAUAACCCUCUAUCAUGAGAUUCCGAAUCUACAAGAGGAAGGUGGUGUUACUGACUCUGGUGGUUGUCAUAUGUGGCCUGGCUUUCUGGAGCAGUGGAAGGCAGAAGAAGAACGACAGUGGAUCGUUACCCAGGGAAGUGGAGGCGGUGCGGAGGAGCAACAUUAUUAGCAGCAGCAGCAGUAAUAGCGUCAACAGUCAUAACCAGGAACAAGCAACGCCAGCGGUCAGUCGGGCACCUGUCCCAGCACCUGUUAUACAAGCAAAUGACACACACCAAGAAAAGGACAAACCCAAAAUAUCCAAGCCAGAUGUGGAUAAUACCACUUUAGUCUACCGUGGCAUUGUCUUCCAGCUAAACUUUGAUCAGACGAUAAGAAAUGAAGAGAAAUUUAAGACGACUCGAAAGAAGGACGAUUUGGUUGUAGUAGUUCAGGUCCAUAACCGACCAGACUAUCUAAAGCUAUUGGUAGACAGUUUACGAAAGGCCAGAGGUGUGGAUAGCAUACUGCUGAUAUUCAGCCAUGACUACUGGUCCCCUGAGAUUAACAAAGUGGUUGCCUCUGUUGACUUCUGCCAAGUCCUCCAGAUUUUCUUCCCCUUCAGCAUCCAGCUGUACCCACAGGAGUUCCCUGGAAAUGACCCCAGGGACUGCCCCAGAGACAUCCCCAAAAAAGACGCCUUAAAACUGGGUUGCAUUAACGCAGAGUACCCUGACUCGUUUGGACACUACCGGGAGGCCAAGUUUUCCCAGACCAAGCACCACUGGUGGUGGAAGCUUCACUUUGUAUGGGACAGAGUUCGAGUUCUCAAAGACCAUAAGGGUCUCGUUCUCCUGAUCGAAGAGGACCACUACUUGUCUCCGGACUUUAUCCAUCUCUUAAAGCAAAUGACUGCUCUGAAAAGGGAGCAGUGCACAGACUGCGAUAUCCUCUCACUGGGGAGCUACAGCCACAUCGGCUACUCCAGCAAAGCAAAUAAAGUGGAGGUGAAAGCCUGGAAGUCCACCGAGCACAACAUGGGGAUGGCUCUGAGUAGAGAGACGUACCAGAAACUCAUCCAAUGCACCGACACUUUUUGCACCUAUGAUGACUACAACUGGGAUUGGUCUUUACAACACUUGACUGUGUCAUGCCUGCCCUCCUACUGGAAGGUCAUGGUGAGCGAGGCACCACGGAUUUUCCAUGCCGGAGACUGCGGCAUGCACCACAAGAAGGCUUCUUGCAUGCCCAUUAACCAGAAAACCAAGAUAGAAAACAUCCUACAGAGCAGUGGGAACCAGCUGUUCCCAAAAAACCUCCUGAUCACAAAGAGACUGCCAGCCAACGGGGCAGGAGGAGUGGCCCCACAUGUGAAAAAUGGGGGCUGGGGAGACAUCAGGGAUCAUGAACUCUGCAAGAGCUAUGUUCGAUUACAGUGACCUUAAUUGCUACUAUUAUAUAUUAUUGUCUCUUUUGCAUCCUAUAUAAAGAAAAAGUAAAUCUUUAUGGACUAUUCUUAAUAUUGCCUGUUUUAUUGGCUUGUUCCAAAUAAAGACGAAUGUUGGAUUUUUGGCUUCUUUAACACAAAUAUGUCUUUACAUUGAAUUAUUUAAGUAAUUCCUAACAAGUCUGCAAUGUUUUGUAUCAUUGAUAUACUAAACAAUAUAUAUUGCUGUGUUUUCUAUAAGAUUUUAAGAUUAUUAUUAUAUGCAUCAUUUGAUAUUCAAAGUCUAAAAACAUACUGAUAGGAAACAAAUUAAAGGUAAUGCCAACAUAACUUAAGCUGCUGGUUUCCACUGACCUGUUGCCAUUGCUCAGUCUGCACACAUACACUGGAAAAAAGGUCUGAACAUUGUCUAAAGGUUGCCGUGAGUUUCUUAUGACAGAAAGAACCACAAAUUUUUCCUACGCAGCUUAUAGGUCCGUUUACAAAAUGCACCAAAGCGAAACUAAGACCAGCACUACCCUGUGCUCCUUUUCCACGGAUCAAUGGCCAGUUUCUAACUCAUAGAAGUCUGUUGCUAGUGCCAAAAAGUUGGAACUGGUGUCAGUGGGUAUGGAAGGAGCUAUCACAAGAAAUAUACCAGUGAUUGGACUGGAAGGCAGCCCACGGAUUCUAUCCGCCCGAAUUUUCCAUCCAAGGAAAUGAUCCUAACAUCUUAUAGUACACACUAAGAAAUGAUAAGUUCAAACCUAUGAAAAUCUGGCCUACAAAAGGCACCAAGGCAGAACUGGGUCCAAAUUAACAGUAGCUUAAAAAUGUCUGAAAUCUGGCUUAGGAAUUUGAGUUGAAGCCUGGUGACUGCCCACCGUUAUCUCUCUGGUCAAAAAUUUUUUGUCAAACCCUAAAUACUCUGAAGAAACCCUAACUUCUCACAUCCUGUGCUUUUGACCACUCAAUUUCUGCUCAUCAGGGUGGAAAUGUUUGUGGAAUAAAGGUGAUUGCUCAGAACAA